AUGGAUAAUUGUGCGAAUUACCGUAACAAAUCCUCCAAGAUAAUCUACGACCCAGUAAAAGUGGAUAAUUGUGGACUUAUGAAGCUAACUCCAUGGAUGUUGGAUGUAGUCGAUACGCCACAAUUUCAAAGACUGCGCGACGUCAAACAGCUUGGAUCCGUACAGUAUGUCUUUCCAGGCGCUGUUCACACACGAUUUGAACAUUGUUUAGGUGUAGGAGUAUUAGCAAAUUCAUUGAUUUCAAGAUUCCAACGUGACCAAAAAGAACUCAAGAUUACCGAUAGGGAGGUCAAGUGCGUCACUAUUGCUGGAUUAUGUCAUGACUUGGGUCAUGGUCCGUUCAGUCACGUGUUUGAUGACUUAGUCGUACCGAGUCUAGAACUGGGUGAAAAAUGGAGUCAUGAGCAGGCAUCCCAGAUGAUGGUAGAAUCUUUGGCUAGCGAGAAUGAGCUUAAGUUUUUGGACGAUAGUGAUAUUAAAUUCAUCAAUCAGCUGAUUAUUGGAACUCUCCCCGCGAAGCGCAAAUUCCUAUUCGAUAUAGUAGCCAAUCAGCGUAAUUCAGUCGACGUUGACAAAUUCGACUACCUCCAACGCGAUUCAUAUUACACCGGGUUGAAACAAGUUCACGAUAUCGAUCGCUUGAUGCUGUUUUCAAAAGUUGUGGAUGAUCAGAUAGCCUAUCCAUUCAAAGAACGGCAAAACUUGUACGAUAUGUUUCAUGCAAGGUACAGUCUGUUUAAGCGAGUUUACACGCAUCCGGUUGUGUCUUACACAAUUCUAUUUUUAAUCCUUCUCUUACGACGAAUAAUAGUAAAGGCGGUCGAUUUUAUGAUAGCGGAUGCGUUAAUAGCUGCCAAAGAUCACAUUCAAUUAGCUCAGGCUGUCAAAGAUCCCGAGCUGUACACUAUGUUGGAUGACACUAUCCUUCGACGAAUCGAGUACUCUUUAGAACCGGAACUAGAAAAAUCAAGAGGAAUAUUGAAAAGAUUGCGAAAGAGACAGCUGUACAAAUUCGUUGGAGAAUGUCUUAUUCCUGCUGGCUGUCUUGCGGCGCUUGAUAAAAACCCUAUGAAUUACGUCAGUAAAAUUUCCAGCUGCGGCGAAGGCCUGUCCGAAGAGGACGUUAUUGUGAAGAUUGAAGUUAUAAAUUUUGCACUACGCGAGAAAAACCCAUUAGACCAUAUCAAGUUUUACGAUGACGGGGUACCAAGAUAUGAAGAUACUCGAAUGGUGCCCGAAUGUUAUCAAGAAAAGUACCUUCGCGUGUUUGUCCGAAAUGCCGAAAAGGCGCAAUCUGUAAAAGCAGCUUUCGAAAAGUAUUGUGCAGAAGAAGCCGACUCCUUCAGGCCGUCCGGGAACAGCACUCCUAGUCGUAUAAAUGGAUUUUCUCCCAUUUCCGCCUCUUAG